UAUGUUAUUUUUUCUAGUUUGUUUUGUUUUGUUUGAAUAGUUUGUCUUUGCCUUUAUUAUUUGUAGCAAUAACGGAAAAGUUUAUAUAAAAUAAUAACUCGACUAUGUCAGACGCUUGGGAAGAAAUUCAAGCGGUCCAAAGGAAACGCAACAGCCUGAGAGAACGUCUAGAAAAACGUAAAAAAGAAAGAGAAGGCAUUCUGAGCUCCAGUUUGGUAAGUUCGAGUGUGAGCAUCCUCAAAACUGAACCUACAGCCUCAAUAUCUUCUCCUGUACUUAAAGAAGAAACCAAAAUAAAAACUAUAAAACAUGAGGAAACGGAUUUGAUUAAAAUCGACCCACAAUUGGAACAAGAACUGUUAAAGGAGCUGGCUGAUGUUACUUUACAAUUACCCACAUCGUCUACUGAUUUAGUAGACAGUAUAAGGGCAGUAUUAAAAAGAGAAGCAACCCAUAAACAGAUAUGUAACGUUUUGCAAAAAUUCACUAUCCAAAAAUUGAUAACUGUAAAAGACUCUGUUAAAGAUGGGGUGAAUGGUUUGGAUGUUAUUUCUGUGGAAGUGACGAAGGUAAAUGAUAUGAUAGCGGAAUUUUUAGACGACAAGAAAAAUAUUUUAAAUAAUAGUGCAAAAAGGAAAAGACAAGAAAGUCAGGAUUCUGUUGAGGAUUUUGAUGAUGAUAAAAAACGGAAAGAAAGGAAAGAACCAAAGACUGAUAUAUUGUCUCUCUUAUCAAUGCCAUCGACGAAAGAAAAGGAAACGAAAAAAAUUGGAGAAGAAAUUUUGGAUUUACUUAGUAAACCCACAGCUAAAGAAAGGUCCUUGACAGAAAGAUUUAAAUCACAAGGUGGAACACAAUUGAUGGAAUUUUGUCCACACGGCACAAAAUUGGACUGUGAAAAAAACGGCAUAACUGACUGUAGAAAACUGCACUUUAAGAAAAUCAUUCAAAAACACACAGACGAAUCUCUAGGUGAUUGUUCCUUUCUAAACACCUGCUUCCAUAUGGACACUUGCAAAUAUGUCCACUAUGAAGUGGACAGGGCAGGACAAAAUCGAGAUAACUCAUCAGCCUUGUUGAAUAUCCCUGCAGUUGGAAGGGUGGAGAGUACCACCCUGUAUCCACCGCAAUGGAUACAGUGCGAUUUAAGAUAUUUAGAUAUGACUGUAUUAGGCAAAUUUGCUGUUAUAAUGGCAGACCCUCCAUGGGAUAUUCAUAUGGAAUUGCCCUAUGGAACAAUGUCGGAUGAUGAAAUGAGACAGCUUGGAAUUCCACAAUUGCAAGAUGAAGGUCUUAUUUUUCUCUGGGUUACUGGUAGGGCAAUGGAAUUGGGAAGGGAAUGUUUAAAACUGUGGGGUUAUGACAGGGUGGAUGAAAUCAUUUGGGUGAAAACCAAUCAGCUUCAAAGGAUUAUAAGAACAGGCCGUACUGGACAUUGGCUGAACCACGGAAAAGAGCAUUGUUUGGUUGGCAUGAAGGGCAACCCAAAAGAUUUAAAUAGAGGUCUCGACUCUGACGUUAUUGUCGCCGAGGUUAGAGCCACCAGUCAUAAACCUGAUGAGAUUUAUGGAAUGAUUGAAAGGUUGUCUCCUGGUACAAGAAAAAUUGAGCUUUUCGGUCGUCCGCACAAUAUUCAACCGAAUUGGAUUACUUUAGGUAACCAAGUUGAUGGUAUAAGAUUACUGGACCAAGAUCUCAUAGAAAAUUUUAAGAAAAGGUACCCUACUGGUAACUGUAUGGCUCCUGCACCUGAAAAUACUCAUUAAUUUAUGUAUAAAACUUAUAUUAAGUGUACCAUUGACAACUAUAUAAUGUGAUCAAUAAAGUAGAAUUUAAGUGC